GAUACUCUGGACUGCGUCGCGGCGGCAGGCCUGCGAGGGCUCGCCCGCGUCGCGGGCAGGGGCAGCGUCCACGCCGUGGGGGCGGUGGGGGCGCGGCUGGUCCACCACAGGGCCAAGGUGCGCGAGAGGGCCGCGGGGGCGGUGGCGCUCCUGGCGGACGGCGGCGACCCGCGGGCGGCCGCCUCGCUGCGCGCGCUCCUGGCGGACAGGUGCCCCGAGGUCCGCGUGGCCGCGCUGCGGGCGCUGGCCAGGCUGCUCGCGCGGGGUGGCGCGGCCGGCGGCGGGGGCGCCUGCGCGCCGCGCCGCGUGGCGCCGCUGCUGCUCUCCGAGGCCGCGGGGGCCGUGGCCGCGGGGGCGGCCAAGGGCUGCCGCAGCGCCGCCUUCGCGGUGCUGGCGAUGGCGGGCGACCCCGACGAGGGCGUCCGCGGCGCCGCCGUGCGCGGCUGGGUGCGAGUGGCGCGGGCCCGUGGGCCCGAGGCCACCGUGGCGGCCGCCGUGGCGGUGCUGCCGCAGCUGCGGGACAAGUCCCUCGAGGUCAGGGACGCGGCCGCGAGCGCUGUGGUCGCCGCCUGCCGCGUGGAGGGCAGCGGCAUGCUGGACCGGGCCCUCUGGUUGCUGCGCUGCGAGCGGCGCGCCGCCGCGCGGGCUGCAGCGGCCGGCAUUGUCGCCCGCAUCGCGCCGAGGGGCUGCCCGAGGGCGCGGGAUGCCCUGGAGGAGACCCAGAGGGAGGCCGGCGCCUCCAGAGGCCUGCGCGCGGCCGCGGCCGCGGCGCUGCGCCGGCUCGAGCAGGCGGGCGGCGAGGUGGCGGCCGGUGGCGGCGGCGCGGAGGCGGGCCUGGCCAGCCCGGAGGCCAGGUGCGGGCAGCGGCUGGGGCGCACAGCCGCCCGCGUGGAGGGCGCCGCCAGGGCCGCGGCGACCUGGCCCGAGGCGCCCGGGCCAGGCGCGGCCGCCCCGCCGCCGGCCAAGUGCCGCAGGCUGCAGGGGGCGCUGUCGACGCCCAGCCCGCCGCGACAGGACGCAAAGGGCGGCGGCGAGACGCCCGCCAAGGAGCGCGAGCCCGCCGUGCCCCAGGCGCCCGCGGCGCUCGCCAGGCAGUGCGACAGGCCCGACGGCGCUGUGGUGGCCGGCCAGGGCGCCUGCGCCGCAGCAGUGUGCGCUGCUGGCGCUACUGCUGCUCCGCCUGGGGGCGCCUGUCAGCGGGUGGCCUCUGUGGAGCGCGGGUCGCUGCUCGUUGCCGAGGGAAUUCGAGCUGCGCGCUGUGUUGCUGGCGGCUGA